AUGGAAGCUGUCCUCGCUCUUCCCGAAGUCACACGAGCUGUCGUCGCUGAGGCUCUGGGAUAUAUCAGUAUUGGAUUCUGGCUGUUUGCCCAAGCUCCCCAGGUGGUGAAGAAUGCUAGGCUGGCUUCGUGUGAGGGUCUGGCGUUGCCUUUCCUUAUCAAUUGGCUAUUCGGGGAUAUAACAAAUCUCGUCGGCUGUAUCUUAACGGAUCAACUACCAUUCCAGACAUACCUAGCCGCCUACUUCUGCGUCAUCGACUUCACCCUUGUCGGCCAGUACUUCUACUACCGCCCCUCUCCUCCUCCACCCAUCUACCGCACUACUUCCCACCUGUACACCUCCUCGCCUAAUCAGUCGCUUCUCAUCCACACUGCUCCCGCUUCACACGUCCACAAGCGCGAGCGCGAGCACUCUCAAGCUCAGUCUCGGGUCCAACAACCCGUGCAUAAUCGGACACGCUCGUACGGCUCCGUGCCACAUCCGACCCUCCAACCUCUAUCCGCUUCUACGACAUCUACCGUUCGGCCCCAGACGUCCCGCGCGCCAGCAUCAUUCGGAAACGCAGGAGAAGCCUCGACGUCCGCCCAAUCAUCUAUAUACCGCGGACGGGAACCCCAUCUUGCUCGGCAGGACAACUCGUACGCGGCGAUAUAUGAAGCAGCGCUCGAUGUGGCCCGAGCGGCCGAGCGCGCCGAGAUGCACCGAGAACACUCGCAAUCUCGCUCUAGGACCCGUCGGACGCGGAAUCCGAGCCACAGACAAACAGGCAAUACGGUCAUGCCAGACGUGGACGAGGAUGCGGUAUCGCCCGUUCUUGGGGCGAGGAGCGCGAUGUUUGACUCGUUUCAUUCAGACAUGUCGGCCAUGACGGAUGCGUCUGGGUCUUCGGCGCAGGAGGGCCAGGGGGAUAUGGCGGCGUCGAGCACAUCCCUCCUUGCGAGGGGACGGAGCCUGCAGCGGGCUACUCCUGCUCUCACGCUAUCAGGGGCGGGAUCUGUCCAAGCGGAGGAAGAAGGAGGGGAUAUCAUCAGUGGGCUUCCGGGAGAAGGUGGCAGGGGUGUUGUUCAGAUGCGAGAAACGAGAAGUCGGAGUAAGAGCCGAGGGGUGAGCAUGGCGAGGGCGUCGAGUGGAAGGGGAAGCGGGAGACGAGCAGCAGGCGUAGCGUUCAUGAGUCUUGGAAUGAUAGCGGGAUGGAGUGGACUUGGGAGGGGAGCCAAGUUACGACACGGAGGAGGAGCGGUACUGGCCAGACCGGCCAAUGACUUCCUGAGUCUUUCCCAUCCGAUCUCACAUCCCAUGUCCUACCUCCCUUCCGCAAUCCCUCAUCUUCCCACGCCGACAGCGGACACCGGCUUCGACACCACCUUCAUCCUCGUCGAGCACCCCUCAGGGCAUGAUCAUCCCGGACCGCCCAUCGACCGGCCGCCAGACUACAAGCGUAUCAUCGGGCGUAUCUCUGCCUGGGCAUGUACGACCCUAUACUUGACUUCGAGGUUACCACAGAUCUGGAAGAAUUUUGAACGUAAAUCUGUCGAAGGCUUAUCUAUGCUGCUUUUCCUUUUCGCCUUCUGUGGUAAUACCGCCUAUGUCGCCUCGAUCGUCUACAACCCAGCUGCAUCGCUGGAGCUGCCCGACGCCAGCCAGUACCUUCUAGAAGCGUUACCCUAUCUCCUCGGAUCAGGCGGUACCCUCCUCUUCGACCUCACCAUCCUCACCCAAGCCCUCAUGUACGGCUCCGCACCGCCCGUCCCACAAACGACCAUCGAGCGCUCCUCAUUCCGUAAACCCAUCUUCCGCCGCCGCCUUCGACAAGCAGAGGAAGGUCGCGCCGUGUCGACUUCCGCUCACGGCUCCAGGGCGUUCGGAGAACGACAGCCGCUUCUGUCGAGUUCGAUCGUCAUGCACAGUGGUGGGAGGCGAAGUGGGACGAUACCGCUUCCACCAUCGCGGGAGAGCAGACCAAGGAGCAUCAGCGCGGACGUGCUUCUGGGAGAUGGGACAUGGCGGGCGGGUAGUGGGGGCGGAAUCGCUGGGCUCAGGAGGGUAGAGCCCGGCGCGUCGGACGAGGAGCGGGGAGAGAGUGAUCGAGCGGGAUCAUCAGGCUAG